CUGGAAAGAGAUUGUACACGUGAUCUGUGACGGUUGUUUUGAAAUUUCUUUUCUCUGUUGCCCUUAAGCGUUAUGAAAAACUUUCUUUUUCGCCGUCCAGCCGAUCAACUUUAGCAACAAUGGGUCGCAUGCACGCUCCUGGAAAGGGUAUCUCUAGCAGUGCCCUGCCUUACCGCCGUACUCCUCCUUCAUGGGUUAAGACUACUCCCGAGGAAGUUUGCGAACAAAUCUUCAAGCUCGCUAAGAAGGGUCUUUCCCCCUCCCAGAUUGGUGUCAUUCUCCGUGACUCUCACGGCAUUCCUCAAGUCAAGGGUGUCACUGGUAACAAGGUUCUCCGUAUCCUCAAGUCCAACGGUCUCGCCCCUGAGAUCCCUGAGGAUUUGUACCAACUCAUCAAGAAGGCUGUUUCCGUUCGCAAGCAUCUUGAGCGUAACCGCAAGGACAAGGACUCCAAGUUCCGUUUGAUUCUUAUCGAGUCCCGUAUCCACCGUCUUGCCCGCUACUACAAGACCGCUGGCCAACUCCCUCCCAACUGGAAGUACGAGUCCGCCACCGCUUCCGCCAUGGUCGCUUAAACGUAGAUUCCAAUUCUCGAAAAAAUAAUAUGGGAAGGAGCCAAGAUUAACUUGUACAUUGAUUGUCAGGCUGUGUUUGAUAAUACAAUGAAUAAAGGAAUUUAUCUUCUUUCAGUGAACUUUCAUGCAUGC